AAAACAACAGAAAAUAAACUCUCACCACCACUUUCCCGGAACCGCAGAGGAUAUUUAAAGUGAACACUCCUUCAGCCUCUGCCAACAUCAUGCUUUCACUCGCUAUUAUUGGUUUGGGCGUGAAAGUUUCGAUUAAAUACCGAGGUUAAUAGGGAGUUGAGUGCGUGCUUUCCGUAGGCUGCGGUUUAACCGUUAAACAACGCGUUCAGGAACGUGAGAGGACGUCUUUGCGUCCGUGCCGUGCCAAGUAGUGUUUCGAGAAUAAAACACGGGAGAAAGUUUCUCACCGGAGGGGAGGACAAAUGGAUCAACCAGAGGAGGAGCUACAACAGAUCUCCAUAUGGCUUAGUGAGGAGGGAAUCACUCCUGUCUCCCCUAAGGAGGUUCAGCUGUGUGUGCUGUGGCGUGCCCUCCAACACACAAAAUGCCAUCUGAGCGGUGUGACAUGGGAUCUGGACAAGCAGCGCUCACAGCACUCAGCAGAGUUGACAGAGGUACGCAAGUCCUUGGAGCAGAUCCGAAUCUUUACAGAGCACAAAGAUGUUCUGGCUCAGGAGAUACAAGAUGAAAAUGAUCAGCUCAAAGACCAGCUCCGGCGUCUAAUAUCCCUUCAAGAUGCCCAGAUAAGCGAGGUGGCUAAAAUGCUCUACCAGCAGGGUCUCACAGAGUUGAUUCACAGCAGCCCCAGUGAGCAGGUGGCCUACCUCCUGGUGGAGAGAGCCUCCUUACUCGAGACCAGCGAGGUCCCAGACCACCUGAAGGGUCACGGAGGCACAGAGGGGACCAAAGACCAAGCUGAGCAGCAGAGCACAAAUACACACCAGUCUUCCCACAAGGGGGCACCACAUUAUCACCAGAACCCAUGGAAGAGACUCUUUGGACUACACAAAGCAUCCCAGAGCAAACAUACUUUGAUUCCAGCUGAAGCCAGGUGUUUGGCUAGCCAGACAAGCAGCGUGCAGAGGGAAUGUUCCCGUCUGGAGCGCGACCUGGAGGAGGGCUCCCGCCGGUUGGCUAUGGCCCAUAAUGAGAUCAGGCGUUUGACAGAUGAGCUGGAGUCUGCUCAUUUGACCCUAAGAGCUUAUGAGCCAGAGCUGCAGGCUGCACAGCAGGAGGUAGAGCAACUCAGACAGGAAGUAGAAAACCUCAAAAAAUAUGAAAUGGUGGAACUGCGAAAGACAAAAGAGCUGAACGAUCGUUUGGACCUUGAAAUCAGAGCCUUGAGGGGUAGAGUACGAACCCUGGAUGCUGAGAAAAACACUCUGCAGCAGAAGUCACAAGCAGCAGAGCGGGCACCGCUUAAACACUCCUGCAGAAGUUUACAGGAGGAAGCUGAUGCUCAGACAAGACGUCUUAUGGAAAAGGAAGAAACUGUUAUUUCUCUGCAGAGGGGUGUGGAGCAGCUUGAGUCAGCCCUGCAGGAGCAUCAGCAGCAGGCUGAGCAGAAACUCCUCACUGUGCAGGCUCAGGCCAUCCAAGCUAACAAGUUAGCUCAAUCACAGGCAACUGAUUUGAUUCAGAGCAAUGAGAUAUGCAAAGAUUUACAAAACAAGCUGAGCGCUCAGUCCAGAUGCCUUUUGGAAAAGGAGUCAGAAAUACAAACCCUUAAGCAGCAGCUGGAUGAUUCACACAAAGAAAUGGAUAACAUUAUAGCUGCCAUUUCCACAGAAGAAAAACAUCUUCAGGAUAACAGGCUCAUGAAGCAGGAAGUGGCUAAUAUACAUCAUGAUGAAAACCCUCACACGAGACUGGAAGACUCCUUUUCAACAAAGGAUAAAGGGCGACAGAGACUAAUACUGCUGCUGCAAAACAAGGAGAACACAAAACACAAGGACUUUCCCGGAUUUCAGGAGGCAGUGAAGACUCUGGUUGCCACUCAAGAUGAGUGUGAGAGGCUCAGAAAGGAAAUCUGUGAAACCCUUAAAUGCCUUGACAAAGAGCGGAGGAAAUACCACGAGAUGAAGGAGAAACAAAAGACCAAACUGCUUCAAGCUAAACAGAAACUAGAUGAAGAAACCGCAUGGCGUGACGAAAGAAUCAGUAAUCUAGGGCGCGAGCUGUCUUUGUGUUCCCAUUCAUUGGCUAAGGAAAAAGAGCUCAUCAUAAAUAUAACUGUGGAAAAUGACAAACUGCUUGUUGAGAGGAGAAGACUACUACAACAACUGAAUGAGGAGGAACACAACAAGAAAGACUGUCACUUAAAAGCGUCUCUGUCCAAAUGCAGGGUUGAUUUUCUAGAGAUGGAAAACAAGAAACUUGGAAACAAAAUACUCCACAUGUCCAAUCAGCUCAUCGCCCUGGAACGCAGCCUGCAAAUCCUGAAGUCUCCUCGCCUAACGGAGGAGCUGAAGAAAAGAUGUAACAGUAUGCACGUUAUAAAAUCUCUCCAUUUGGAAACAUCACGUGUGAUGACCCCUGAGCCAUCUGAAGUUCAGGGCUUGUUUGAAAAUACUCAGAGUAAGCAGCCAGACAGAACUUCCUCCCCUCGAUGUGUCCUCUCUGGACCCCUGUCUCGAUCGUCGGAAAUGGGCUACCUGAAUCUGACCUCCACUCAGAGCCUCUCAGAACACCUCAUUCCCUCAGCCAGCCUCAGCAGUUCAGACAGUACGUGUUCCUAAGACUUCUGUAUGAAACAUAUAUCAACUGUACAGACAUUAUUAUAUUUUUGAUUUUAAAAAAAAGAACACAACAAAAA